GGACGAUGCUGCUGCUCCAGCAGCCCGACGAGACUGGGGGCAAGGAGGUAGGUGGAUAGGUGGAUAGGUCUGAGGAAGUCCUUCAAUGUCUCAACUCCCUUCCGGUUCAGAGCUGCUUCUACGUGACCUUCAGCUACGCCAACUGGACGGACGACCGGCCGCGCUUCAUCGUCAACAUGACCUUCUCGAACCAGUCGGGCAUCGGGUCGGUGACCACGAUCAACGAGGAGAUAGCCUCGCCCAUCUCGCGGCUCCUGAUUCUUCAGCACUCGGCCCGGACGAAGCCGCGCACCAUCUACAACGCCUCCACCCGGCUGUGCGACCUGCAGACCCUCUUCAACUCGGUGCCGCUCUUCAAGCCCGCGAAGGACAACAUGCUGAAGCAGAGCAACUACACCAUGAGCUGCCCGCUGACCAAGGGCACCUACGCCAUGUACAACAUGCGGGUGAGCCCCAAGAACCCGCUCCUGGGCCUGCUCUACCAGCCGAAGCACACCUUCUCGGUGAAGGGUGGCCUCUACGAGGAGCUGCCGCGCGGAAGGGUAAGGCCCCUGUCCACCUACUUCAUGACUGGCAAGGUGGUGAAGAGGUCCUGCGGGGCCAACGAAUGAGGCUCCAAUAAAUCCGAGCAAGCAAGCAAUCCCCAGUAUUUUCCCUAACGAGCCUGGAACUAUGCCACAGUAUCUGUGUCUCGGGGGCGACUCGAAAUUAUGCCACACUCCCGUGCCACUCUCGAAGUAAAUUACAUAUGGAGCUGACUCUAGCGAUGAUUUUGGGGUGUUCCCACCUCACUCUCCCAGAGUUCCCGAAACUAAUUACAAUUAUCAAAAGAGCAAUAGCCAGAGACUUGUGGGUCUUCCCAGACAAUUUCGGGAAGAUGGGCAGACAGCCCUAGAUACUACUUAUCCCUGGAAUGGAACCGAGGCCCUCUGGGGAGAGUGAAUGAACUUUAAUAUUCAAACAAAGAAAGUAGCCAAGUAUCUGAGGAUAUAAUCGCCCCAAGGCACGAGCAAAAAAGCUGGCCCCUGGGACAGUCAACCCUGCUAUCUGGGAGAACCUCCGUAAACAACUUGCAGUGGAAAUAACACCGCCUUAUCGGAAAACCCUUAUCACGGACGAGUCUUCGCCCUUUUUUGUUUGUUGGGCUCUGGGCCUGGCAAUGUGGCAUCAUGUUGGGGCUCUAAUCGCACUUUUGCCAUUAGACUUUUGGAACUUUUCAGAUAGUGCGAAUAGAACCAAUUAAU